AUGAUGUUCACGGGGGGAACACCGUCUUCGCGAGCAACUCGACAUAAGAUUCUAACAUCUUCAAAAAUAAUCAAGCUCGAGUCUGCUAUAAUUCAACAAUGUGAAUUACCGAUGUACAACACUCCUCCUGCCAACGAUAUUAGUUUAGAGGAAUUUGAUGGUAUUGCCUCACAAAGGUUGAAGCUUCUCAAGAAAUUGGAAAACUUGAAAGAACUAUCUCCUCCCGGAACAGAUGAAUUCGUCUCUCUGGCCAAGUUUGAGUUCAAUAAGUUUUUUUCUGGAGAAGAUCGCAAAAGAAAUGACAUUAUUGGACAUUAUAUUCUCAGAUUAGCUUUUUGUAGAACUCCAGAGAACAUGAAAUGGUUGAUUCAACAAGAAGUGGAUUUAUUCAGAGCACGAUUCCAAUCUCUCAAUAAUAUACAAGUUGUUGAUUUCAUGAAGGAAAAUGAUAUCAGUUUAGAAUCGGUUCUAAAAGAUGAAAAAGAAGAUUUAUGCGAAGAGCUCGCUGCAGCUUGUGCCAUGUCAGCUGAAUAUGUUCUUUCAACUGACUUUUUCAAACUCAACUUUGUCGAAGCUUUAGAAUUAGUUCGACGUAGAAAGGUCUAUCUUAAUAAGGGAUAUGCCUAUGUAUGUGCUAAUGAUCUCAGCGUUAUCAUGUGCUCGAUGUUGAAAGGUGAGAUGGGAGCAGCCAUGCUUGCCGCCGCUAAACAUCUAGCUCUCAUUGAAGAGGAAGGCCGAAUAUUACCAAGAUUGUCCCGAUUAGCCAACAAUGCUUAUGAUGGCAAGCAGUAUGAUGCGAAAGAAGCUUCCGAAAAGAUAUCUCGUCAUGAUAUUGAUGCGCUAUGUGCUGCUUCGUUCCCACCCUGUAUGAAACAUUGCCAUGCCGGACUGAGAGCUAACCACCAUCUUCGCCACGGAGGACGACGACAAUAUGGUGUUUUCCUUAAGGGAAUCGGGUUAUCAAUGGAAGAAGCUUUGUUGUUCAUGAGAGAAGAGUUCACGAAGAAAAUAGAUUCCGAGAAGUUUGACAAAGAAUAUUCUUAUUAUAUAAGACACAUGUACGGUAAAGAAGGAAAGCGAGUAGAAUACAAUUCUUUCUCUUGCUCCACAAUUAUUCUGAACAAUGCACCUACAGCUCAAGACUGCUCAGGUUGUCCAUUUAAACAUUUGGAUCAUAAUAUUCUCAAAGGAAAAUUAGAGAGAGAUUUGACAAACAAAUCACAAGUUGAAAGAAUUCUUAAUCUCUCCAAGGAGUUCGCUUUCGACAAAGCAUGUACAAGAUACUUUGAAUACUUUCAUAAGAUGGAUGAAGGGGCGCUUGGACAACUCAUCACACAUCCUAAUCAGUAUUAUGAACUUUCACGAGAGGUCCUAGCUGGAACUCGGGCCAAAGAUAAUCAUAUCAUCGUUGCACAGCCUGUUCAGGAUGAUAUGGAUUGGAACUAA